CUCGCUAAUUUCUGAGCUGAGUGCGUCGCGUUGUCGUGCUGUGUGGAACUGCGAGAGAAGCCUACUAGUAUCACCAUCAGCUCGCAAUAAUACCUGCACGCCCGCCUUGUUGCCUAGCUCUUGUCAGCGAACCUCCCCACCCACCCCGGCCUCUCCUCUCUUCAUCCCCAUCCCGUUCCAUUUCCACCUCCAUCGAUCUCUCCUGCUUCUCUAGUUAGCUUUGAGCAGCUACGCGCGCGCUGAUCACAGCUCUACACGUACGGGGUGAGGGCAGAGGAGGAGAAGGAGAUUAAUUCAUGGCUGGCGCGGGUGGUGGGGCUGCGGCUGCGACGGUGCAACCUGCUGCGCCGGGAGCGGGAGCUGGAGCAGGGAGGAGCAGCUCCUCGUCUGCGGUCGGCGCAGGCGGCGGCGGCGUGGCUGACCCGCGCGCCGAGGCCCUGCGGUGCCCGCGCUGCGACUCGGCCAACACCAAGUUUUGCUACUACAACAACUACUCGCUCACGCAGCCGCGGCACUUCUGCAAGGCGUGCAAGCGCUACUGGACGCGCGGCGGCACGCUCCGCAACGUCCCCGUCGGGGGAGGCUGCCGCAAGAACAAGCGCUCCAGGAGCGGCAACGGAGGUGGCAGGCCGGGCGGCUCCUGCGCCGUCGCCGCCGGCGGUGCGUCCUCUAACGCGGCUGGCGGCGGCCUCGCCUCGUCGACCUCGUCCAUGUCGAUGUCGCUCCAGCCGCCGGGAUCCCUGUCCUCGGCGCUGGGCCUCCAUGGCCACGGUGGCAGCUCCUUGGCCUCGCUGCUGCUCGGGAGCGGCGGCGACCACCUCGGCCUCUUCCACGCCAUGCAGUCGGCGGUCUCGGACGCCACCGCCUACGAGAUGCAGCAGCAGCAGCACCAGUCGCAGGUGGAUCAGCUGCUGGGGCUCGGCUACGGCGCCAACGGGUCGCAGAUCCAGAUGAAGCCGUGGCAGCAGCACUUCCAGGACGGCGCUGCCGGUCUCUUCGACGGCUUCUACGCGCCGCUGCUGUCUGGCUCCAUCGUGCCGGGGCUGGAGGAGCUGCACGUGAAAGCCGAGGCCACCGCCGGCGAGCAGCACAACCACCAGGAGAAGAAGGCCGCCGACGGGGAGCAAACCUGGGAUCAACAAACGACACCGUCGUCUAACGUUGAGGCCAACAUCAUGGCGUCGGACGCGCUCAUGGCCGCCGCUGCUGCCGCGUCCAUGAAUCCGGCGGUCAGUAACGCUGCUACGGCGCCGACGUCCUCUUCCCUCAUGUACUGGGGCAACGGGGGCAUCGGCGGAUCGCCCGCACCAUGGCCGGACAUGGCCAACUGUGGAUCCUCCAUUGCCACCUUCUUCUAGCCGGCCGCCCAGUCUGGAUGGAUGGCUAGCUCGUUGGUCGUUAACCUUUUCUCCUUCAUUUUUUCCGGUUAAUUUUUCCUUGACUAAAAUAACAUGUAAUUUGUGGGGGGAAAGCUGAGAUGGGAGAGAACACUCUUGGUAGCUAGAGAGAGAUGAAGCCAGAAAGUUAGAUCCACAAAUAUUCAUAGGGUUUCUUUCACUGAGAGAUGGAUCGAUCUAGUGUACAUGUUCCUCGGGGCCUCGCCUUCGAUCGAUGAUCAAGAGGACGAUGGGCAUGCAUGGAUCUAGGAGAAGAGGCUGGGGAAACAAGCAAGCAAGUGUAAGUGCGGAGCACUCCUAGCUAUACUACUUGAUUUGCUACUUCUCCUUCUUUGGGUGUUUUGUAUAUAAGGCAUAUGGUGUAGGCCGGUGUGGGGAUAUAUGAGAGCUAGCAUGCAGCAGCAAUGGUGGUGCAAGUAAUGAGCCUCUCUCUACCUUUCUCUCUCAUCUUUGGCAUUGAAAUUAGUGUGUUUAAUUGGUUACUUUACCUUGCAAUCGCCAAGUCCUUAGAUGUAUAAGUUAAUACUAGUACUCCUACCCCCUUGAAGCUUAAUUAGAGAACUGUUUUUGAGUUCUCAAGCAUUGGAGGGUUUCUUCCUCCUUGCUCUCUCUCUCUUUUUCUAGAGUGGACUUCUUUCAUUUUCUUGGGUUUUUGUUUUGUUCAAACUCUAUUGUACCAAUGAUGACAUUUUGAGUUAUGAAGAAAUUUGAACUAUUGCUGUU